AUGGCCACCUCUAUCCGCUCCAUCCGCUCUCUCGCUCCUCUCCUCGACCGCGUCCUGAUUCAGCGCGUCAAGGCCGAGACCAAGACCGCCAGCGGUAUCUUUCUGCCCGAGUCCAGCGUCAAGGAGCUGAACGAGGGCAAGGUUCUCGCCGUCGGCCCCGGUGCCCUCGACAAGAAUGGCCAGCGUCUGCCCAUGGGCGUCAACUCUGGUGAUCGUGUCCUGAUCCCUCAGUUCGGCGGUUCCCCCGUCAAGGUCGGUGAUGAGGAGUUCCACCUGUUCCGGGACAGCGAGAUCCUGGCGAAAAUCAACGAGUAA